CUAUAAAAUAAAAAUUUAGGGGUAUUUAAUAACACAAAGUAGUGAGCGUGUUGCAUUUCUUUCUGUUAAAUUUAUUUAGAGUUUAUUCUAAAAUCUAAUAGUGAUAUAAAGGGUUGAUGUUUACAUAAAAGAGUUGAAAUCAAGCCUAGUCUCUGUGUUACUAAUCGAGCGAUCGAUUUGGUAGUGGGGGUAGAUAUGUAUGUAGAUGGUGGACUCCGUUUACUUUUUUGCUUCAAAUUAUUGGUAGUGUGUCAAAAAAUAGUGAUUAAGUUUUAGAAUCCGACUUUUCAUUGCAUAUUAACGAUAAACUAUAUAGCCCCGACAUAUUUUGGAAGAAAUACUGUGUUUUUCGGUCUUUGGUGUAUAUUUUCCAUACAGCGGACUUUGUUAAGUUAGUCGAGUUCUCGCGAAAGUUACUAGGAAUGUGACACGAUAAAUAUCAGUGUAGAUUUCCCUAAAAUAUAUAUUUUUUGAAAUGAAAACGAAAAUGGAAGUGCCUAUCCUAGUCAAAUAACAACAUAAGAAGUGAUUGACGGCGCAUUUCAUAAUGUAAAUUUUUUCAAAAUGACGACCAAAGAGAAACAGUUAAAUGGAACUAACAAUUUGAAUAAAAGCAAUCCUGGAAGUUCAAAGAAUUCGCCCAUUAAAUGCAAUGAACAUUACAAUCAAUGUAAGGAGGAAGCUUUUCAAUUUAAGGUGCCCCCAGAAGCCCCAGUGUUUUUCCCAACUGAUCAGGAAUUCUUAGAUCCAUUAGCUUACAUUGCUAAAAUUAGACCUAUUGCAGAAAAUACAGGAAUAUGUAAAAUUAAACCACCUGGGAGAUGGCAACCUCCAUUUGCUGUAGAUGUGGAUAAAUUAAGAUUUACUCCUAGAAUUCAAAGAUUAAAUGAAUUAGAGGCAAAAACUCGGGUAAAGCUUAAUUUCCUAGAUCAAAUAGCUAAAUUUUGGGAAUUACAGGGCUCUUCCCUCAAAAUCCCUAUGGUUGAGAGAAGAGUUUUAGACUUAUAUACAUUGCAUAGAGUUGUACAGCUAGAAGGCGGAUUCGAAGAAGUCACAAAACAAAGGAAAUGGUCUAAAGUAUCUAUACGCAUGGGAUAUCAGAUUGGAAAAAAUGUGGGCACUAUUUUAAAACAACAUUAUGAGAGACUGCUAUUUCCUUAUGAUGUCUUUAAGGAAGGGAAAACUGUUAGUAUAAAAAUUGAGGACCCUGACGAUGGUGUUGAAAAAACAGAUAAAGACUAUAAACCUCAUGGUAUUGUUAAUAGAAUGGCAGUGAAACCACCUUCAGAUAAAAAUGCCAGACGUUCCAAAAGAUUUGAAACUAAUGACAAGGAUAAGACUGAAAUAGAGCUUAAGAUUAAGGAAGAAAAAUCUGAGGACGCUGACAAUGACGAUAAAAAUAAAGAAUUGAAAAGAUUACAGUUUUAUGGAGCUGGCCCAAAAAUGGCUGGAUAUGAUGAUAAAAAAGAAGCUAAGCCAAGAUCAAAAAAUAUUAAAUACGACUUUGAUCCUUUAGCAAAAUAUAUAUGUCAUAAUUGUAAUAGAGGGGAUGCUGAGGAAUACAUGUUGCUUUGUGACGGUUGUGAUGACAGUUACCACACUUUUUGCUUGAUGCCUCCCCUAUCAGAAAUACCAAAAGGUGACUGGAGAUGCCCAAAAUGUGUAGCUGAAGAAGUAUCAAAACCCACUGAGGCAUUUGGCUUUGAACAAGCACAGAGAGAAUACACGUUACAACAAUUUGGAGAAAUGGCAGAUCAGUUUAAAAGUGAUUAUUUCAAUAUGCCUGUGCAUAUGGUUUCAACAAGUACAGUAGAAAGAGAAUUUUGGAGAAUAGUUUCAUCAAUUGAUGAAGAUGUAACAGUGGAAUACGGAGCUGAUUUACACACAAUGGAUCAUGGUUCAGGAUUUCCCACAAAAUCAUCAGCAAACUUGUUCCAAGGUGAUAAAGAAUAUGCAGAAUCCAGUUGGAAUUUAAAUAACUUGCCAGUAUUAGAGGGAUCAGUGUUGGGAUAUAUUAAUGCAGAUAUUUCUGGAAUGAAGGUUCCUUGGAUGUAUGUUGGAAUGUGUUUUGCUACGUUCUGCUGGCACAAUGAAGACCACUGGUCAUACUCAAUAAAUUACCUACACUGGGGAGAAGCCAAAACAUGGUAUGGAGUUCCAGGAAGCAAAGCGGAAACCUUUGAGGAAACAAUGAAAUCUGCUGCUCCGGAAUUAUUUCACUCACAGCCUGAUUUACUUCACCAAUUAGUUACUAUCAUGAAUCCAAAUAUCCUUAUGAAUGCUGGUGUUCCAGUUUUUAGAACAGACCAGCAUGCUGGGGAAUUUGUCGUUACGUUUCCUAGAGCCUACCAUGCUGGCUUUAACCAAGGGUAUAACUUUGCUGAAGCUGUUAAUUUUGCACCAGCUGAUUGGUUAAGAAUGGGGAGAGAGUGUGUCCUUCAUUACUCACAUUUAAGGAGAUUCUGCGUAUUUUCCCAUGACGAACUUGUGUGUAAAAUGGCUCUUGAUAACGACAAAUUAGAUCUAACCAUAGCAGCAGCCACAUAUCAAGACAUGCUGGUUAUGGUGGAUACUGAGAAGAAACUGAGGAAAGCAUUACUGGUUUGGGGCGUUAUAAAUGCGGAACGCGAGGCAUUUGAACUACUACCUGAUGACGAACGACAAUGUGAGAUAUGCAAAACAACAUGUUUUCUGUCAGCCAUGACUUGCUCAUGUUCAUCAAAUCUAGUUUGUCUGAGACAUUACAAGAACUUAUGCGAAUGCCCUCCAAAAAAUCGGACUUUGCGGUAUCGCUACACAUUAGAUGAACUCCCUGUAAUGCUAAAAGCUUUAAAACUUAAAGCUGAAUCUUUUGAUCACUGGGUAGCAAAAGUCAAAGAUGCUCUAGACCCAAACACUCCCAAGAUUCUUAGUUUAAGUGAUUUGAAGUUACUCUUGAAUGAAGCUGAUGGAAAGAAGUUUCCUAAAUGCGAAUUACUUCAGAAUUUAACAAGGGCAGUUAUAGAUGCCGAAAAAUGCGCGAGCGCUAUACAUCUACUGGACCACAAUAAUAUGCGUACAAGAACUAGACAUUCUAGUGAAGCAAAAUACAAACUGACUGUCGACGACCUAACACAGUUUUGCGAGGAGAUUGACAGUUUAGCUUGUGUUUUAGAUGAAGCUAAAAGCAUCAGAGUGUUAUUAGAACAAACGCAAAAGUUUGAAGCUAAAAGUACAGAACUACUGGCUCAGUCUUUGAAAGAAAACUCUCUGGCUGAACUAGAAGCUUGUCUAUCCCAUGGGAAUGGGCUGUGCACUGAACUACCUGGCUUAAAGCACAUCCAAACGAGAAUAAAACAAGUUCAGUGGAUGAAGGAUCUAGAAAACUACAGAAAUAAAACUGAAGUUAUGGGCCUUGAUGUUAUAAAGAACUUAAUUCAGGAAGGUUGUUCACUACCACCAAAUACUGAAAUGGAAGAGGAAUUGUCGAAUUUGCAACUGAUACUACAGCAAAGUCAGGAAUGGGAGGAGAAAGCGGCUAAAGUUUUAAAAUCGCAAGACGCGAAUGUUUUGGUGAAGGUGGACAAGCUUCUGAAAGAAGCGUCUAAAAUUUCCUGUCAUCUACCCACUGAAGGGAUUCUUUAUGAUGCUAUGAAGAAGGGCAGAGAAUGGCUGAAGCAGUUGGAAGAAAUGAAUUCACCUGAAUACUACCCUUAUUAUAGCGCCAUGGAAGAAUUGAUCAAGAAAGGGCGCACGCUUCCAUUGCACUUACUUGAGGUGGAGAGAAUGAACGAAUACCUAGUUUCAGCUAAUGGAUGGAAGGAAAAAACAGCCAGGGCAUUCCUUAGAAGGAAUUUGGGAUGCUCUCUAAUGGAAGCGUUGUCACCAAGGACUGUGUUACCGAACACCAUCAAGAACAAGAAAGGUAAAAACCCAGAUGAUGAUGUCAAGUCCAUAACUUUAACUAACUCAAUGGACCCUGCUACUGUUGUGGAUUUAUUCAAAGAGGCGGAAGAAGCUGAAAUGUCAAUGAUCAGGAAACUUAGACUGGCCAAUAAACAAAAAUCAAUGGAUCCAACUGAUACAGCAACAACUUAUUGCAUUUGCGGUAAGGGUCUUUUUGGAGUAAUGAUGAAGUGCGAAUUAUGCCAAGAUUGGUUCCACUCAACUUGUACUCAACUUCCGAAAAUUGCCACUACAAAGUUUAAAGGCAAUUUUCUAAAUGUAUGUAUUAGCUUAGGAUUUAAAGACUGCAAGUACCUGUGCCCAAACUGUCAAAGAACAAAACGGCCACGUCUUGACAUUAUUCUUAGUCUUCUCAUGUCACUGCACAAACUCUACGUCAGAGUGCCGGAGGGCGAGGCCUUGCAAUGCCUCACUGAACGCGCCAUGAACUGGCAAGAUCGUGCCAGACAACUUCUGCAACACCCUGAAUUAGAAAAGGCUAAAGUCAAGUUGGGUUCUUUAAGCCAGAAAUACACCGAAGCUGCCGCGAGACAGAGAACGGAAAAAAUCAUAUCGACCGAAUUAAAAAGGGCUUCCAAAAAUCCCGAACUGCAACAAAGAGUUCAAGAAAUUACACCGUUCAGUGGGGUCAACGAAGACGGAGUAACUUGCGAUAGCGGAAUAAACGACUCUGAUGAAGCAUCCAGAGAAUCUUCCAGAGACUCUGAUGACCGAAUGGGUGAACACGCCUACAGCCUUCACCUACCCAAAAGCGACGGUGAAGACUACAUCAUCAGACUUAAUCCGGAUAUUAAGAAGCAACUGGAAGAUCUCCUGAUGGAAGGAGAUUUAUUAGAAGUGUAUCUAGACGAGACUUUCGCCCUUUGGAAACUGAUGUUGGGUUCCAGGGACCCCGAUAACGAGGUGGUACUUAUAGAUUUCGAUGCGCACCAGAAGACAACGCCAAAGAGACGGGGUAGAAAACGACUGUCCGAAGACGUGAUCGAUUCUACGAAGAAAUCGAUAAAAACCAUGAAAGCUGGUGAGGGCGAGAAAAAAAUACGAGGUAGGAAACAGCAGAGCACUAACAAAGACGCUAAUCAGAAGAAACAAAGAGGCAAACGUCGCGGACGUCGAUGUCAAUCGACUGCCUCGAACAGCAGCGAUAGCGAAGACGAAGACUGCGCGGCUAACGGCUGUCAAAGACCGACAGGGCAGAAUGUGGAUUGGGUCCAGUGCGACGGGGGUUGCGACCAAUGGUUCCACAUGGCUUGCGUGGGAUUAUCUGCCGAAGAUAUCAACGAGGACGAAGAUUAUAUCUGUAUCACGUGCUCGCGAAGCACAACCUUCGAAAGCGUGGAUACGUGCGAGAGCAGAUCUAGCAGCCCUAGGUCUCCCGAUUCCACACAACCGUCUACUUCAAAGGACGCUUCCUAGUGGUUAGAAAUCGUUUUUAUCGACUAAAAACCAACGUCUUAUAUAUUCCCCACAAAUUUUCUUAAAAGUAUUUUUAGUUGUUGUAAUUUGUUUUUAAUGAAGAGCUUCGAGAACUUUUUUUUAUCUUCAUAUUUAGUUUAUUCAGUUGUGAUAAAUUUAUGUUUAUAUUUUGUAAAGUACUUUAUAUCCUAUAUGGCUCAUAAACUGCUGUCAGGGAGAGGAAUAUUUAUACAAAAGAAUUUUAUUACCAACAAAUAUUUUUUUUUAUUUCUAGUCUGUUCUUAAUAUUAAUCCAGUUCCAGUAAAUCCAUAGAAAUAUUUUUAGGUACAUAUUUAAAUUUUGUUUAUACACAUAUAUAAGUGAUAUUUAAAAUAAUUUUACAAAUACCGAACCCGAAAAAAUAUCCUUAUGUUAAUUUUCAUGAAUAUUUUAUUUCUAAUUUUUGAAUCUUUAUACAGAAAACUUUUUACCAAUAAUUUAACUAUUUAAGUAAUCCAUUUUUGCUCCUAGAUUAUGUUCUCAUAUUAUUAAGAACAUUUUUUUUAUAUGGUAUACGACCGAAUAUUAUUUUGGAUUCCGAUCUAAUUUAGAAUGCUAUUUUUUUUCUAUUUUUUCAUUCAUAUAAUUUGGAAAAUAUUUUUUUACAUUUUUCAUUCAUUUUAUAUACAGCAGUUUAUGUUUUAAAAGUAAGUGGCAAUGCUAGGGAAUUGGAAUUCAAGAAUAAGUUAGAAAUCAAAAGUAAAUAUAUGUAAUUUAUUUUUCUCUUUUUGGUAGUUAAUCUUUUUCUCUUAUUUUUUACGUUUCAUUGGGUAUUCCCUUAGGGUAUUCCUUAUCAAAACUAUCUUCAGAAUAUGUAUAAAAAAUAUUGGUUGACAUUAGAAAAAGUUACAGUUGUCUAGUAUUGCCCUAGUUGUUUAUAGAGUAAACAGGAGACUGAUGCUAAUUCAAACUAGUAAAUUUAUGGAGUCACUAUUUUUUAACUAUUUAUAGGGAAGUUGAUAAAUAUAUUCGUUUUAGUAUUUGAUGCGUUGUGUAUACUCCUGUUUAUUCUCGAACCAUAUAUGGUUUUGUACAUAUUAAAUGGUAGGUCUUUCACAUUAUAGCUUGUUAAGUGUAGCAUAAAUAACUUACUGAGAUUUAAUAUGUUUUAGUUUUCCUAUUUUAAAUUUAGAUAUAUCAGACAAAAUGAUCCCUGAUAAGUAAUUUUUUAAAUCGUCUUAAGAUAAAAAUCAAGCAAAAUUAAUGUUAUUGUAUACAAUCAUCCCCAAAUCCAUAUUUCUUUUAAAGCUGUUAAUUUCCUUUUCACGUACAACUAAUGUAAAUUAUAUCUAGGAAAAAUUGUUAAUCUAAAUUACAGUGUUUCAAUUUUACUGGGUAUGUCACUUUAUUGAUGAACAAAAAACAUCUUUAAAAUAGAGGCCAGUGUAAGAAGUCUACAUACCGUUCAUUUUAAAUAUUCUUUUUAGUAACUUGGUAUUUCGAUGUCUCGUUUAUUAGCUUUGUUUUAUGUAUAUACAUAAUUUCUUUAAACUUUUUAAUUUUUGAUGGAAAUAUUGUUUUGAUUUUUGUGAAUAAAUAAUUUUGCAGUAAAUGUAA